AUGGCCUACUUUGUUGGGGGUCAAAUAAAGCCGUAGCCACCGUUAGAGGUUUAAUUUUCUGAGUUUCCCAACCAGCAUCUCCGUCUUUCUCUCAAGCCCUGGAGUCCGACCGGGCGCAUCGGGUAAAGAUGACCGUAACAAAAUCGAUUACAUUUUCUUCCUCUCCCUUCUUCCACACUAUUAUAGUCUGCCUCGAUCUGUUCCUCCACUAUUUUCCCUAGAAAGCCUGUUUGCAGACUACGUAUAAAUGCACCGCCCUCAGGCCUUGAGUUUUCCCUCUGGCCGACGUAAAAAAGGCUAAGCGUUGCACCCAGGAGCUCUCCUGCUUGCACCUUAAUCAGCAUGCUGGUGUGUCGUGCCCAUGCUCCAAAUAUAGUCAUUCCACUCAUUGAACACUUUAAACGUUAAACCUGAAGUAACAGAUGUGGUUUCAUGGUAUAAUGGCUCAUAAAAAGUUCAAAUCAGAUCACGCAAGUAAACAUUAUUUUGAAUGUGCCUCUAUGUUUAUUUUGUUUUCUUUGCUGACAAAUCUCGUUUGUUACCGAAGACUGUAGUUCGAGAGCCAUCGUAGUUUGAUCAAAAAUAAAACACAAGCAGCGGUGAUAAACAUUGUGAGUUUUCGCAUUAGCAUACGAGACGUCAAGUUUAUAAAAAUGCGAAAACUCACAAUGUUUAUCACCGCUGUUUGUGUUUUACUUUUGAUCAAACUGUAGUUCGAAACUGAUACACUAUUAACCCCGGGUGUUAACACAAAACAACUGCAUUAUGUCAUUACAAGCACGACAACAGAGAGAAAGUUAACCAGAAAGGUACAGUUAUUCAGUUCACGGUUGCUUGUUUUACGGCACUCUGCAUAAUAAAAAGUAAUUUGCAUCUUUAUGAGCUGAUGUUUUUACGGUGUCGUGCUUUAUAUAAAUGGCUUUUGCGUCUAGUAUAGAUGAUUGACACUUUACUACUAAGGCGCGUCAGAGGCUCCAAUACAAUACUGCUCUGUGAUUGGUUCGAAGGGUCUUUGAUUCCGAGAAAAGCUAAAGAUAGAAACGUCACAAGACUUGAUUGUUGGGUGUAGACUAGACUCUGGGACACAAAAGGUCAUUUCUCUGUUAUUUUGAAGAAGACAUGGAUCUCACAACUCUCUUUCACAAUCUUCGCGAAGAAGUUUCUUGUUCGGUGUGUUCGGACUUAUUCACAGACCCUAAACAUCUCUCCUGUCUGCACAGCUUCUGCUUGAAGUGUGUAAAACAGUGGUACGAGACGUGCGGAGGCGGAGACGCCAUUAAAUGCCCGAAAUGCCAAACGCUAAGCAGAGUACCAGCAAGCGGUGAUCUUGAAGAUCUUCCAACAAGCUUUUAUUUGAAUGGCUUUAUCGAUGUUCUUGCCAUCAAAGAAUGUAAGAACACUCAACUAACAUGUGGAAACUGUGACAAGAAGAGCUCGGAAGCGUCGUAUUGUUUCCAGUGUUGCAUAUUUUAUUGUGAAGAAUGCUUACUUUGUCAUACUAAAAUGCGAGAGAAAAAGGGGCACCGUUCUUUGGCAGUAAGAGAAUUCCAAGAUAAGGACUUUGAGGAUGUAUUGAAGAGACCUGUAUUUUGUUCAAGACAAGGACAUCAGAAAGAAGAGCUCAAGUACUACUGCAAAGAAUGUGAAACAGUUCUUUGCCAAACUUGCGUCAUUCUGGAUCACGGAGGUCAUGGUUUGAAAUUGAUCGAAGAAGAAGCCGAAACCAAAAAACUUGAGAUCAAAUCUGUAAUCGAAACGCAGAAACAAAAUUUAGAAGCAAAAAUGAACGUACUGACUCAACUGGAUGACGACUGUGCUAAAGUGAUUCAACAAGGCGAAGUGUUAAAAACAGAUGUUCAAAAGUUUGCUGAUAACUUGAUCAAAACAAUUCAAGCGAAAAUGCAAAAUAUAAUCACCACAGUGGAAUGCCGAACUAAGAAGUCCAUUGAAAGUUUGACAGCAGAAAGGGACGACAUUCAGCAACAAAUUAAUGUUAUUGAGUCAUCACUGGAAGAAGCUGAUAAACUCUUUCAGAGAAGUACCAAUGUUGAAGUUGUUCAGCUUACAAAAACACUGCAAACAAUAUUUGACGGGGUCGAUCAGGGAGAGGUUAUUGCUCAUGACACUGGGAAUCAAGAAGCUUUAGUUUUCAUUAAAAAUCAAAAAAUGCUUGAUUUUGUAAAGGAAGAAGAAAUUGGAUCCUUAGAAAAACCCUAUCGGACGAAAUCAAGCGAAUCUGUGGCUGAAGGCGAAGGACUGAUUGAAGGAAUUGUUGCGCGCAAAGUUCAAUUCAAUUUGACCACAAGAAACGCAGAGAGAAAGCAGUGGUAUGAUCAGAGGGACCGUGUCACGGUAGAGAUUAAGGACGAGCAAGGACAAGAAUGCGUGACGCAAGUGAAGGUUCAGGACAUUAAAGAUGGUACCUACCAUGUUAGUUUUUAUCCCAGAGUUCAAGGUACAUUCAAAUUGCAUGUUAAAGUAAACGAGGAACAUAUUCGUGGCAGCCCUUUUACGAUGAGCGUAAAACCAUUUCAUGUAAAACCUGUUUUAUGUUUUGGAAAGGAAGGCAAAGGUGAUGAAAUGUUUAAGUAUUCUCGAGGUGUGGCAGUGACUGAAAAAGACGAAAUAGUAGCAGCUGACGAGUACAAUCAUCGGGUUCAAGUGUUUGACAGUAAUGGUACUUUCUUAAGAUCCUAUGGUCGCGGAGGUAAAAAUGUUGGAGAGUUCAACUACCCUGAUGGAAUAAUUGAUAGGGAUGGAAACAUUUUCGUAGCAGACCGCGGUAACCACAGAGUGCAAAUCUUUAGCUGGGAGGAGACGUAUCUGGGUUCAUUUGGCGGCAAUGGAAGCCUUGAUAAUCAGCUGUCCAGUCCUCGGGGUUUAUCCUUAGAUAGUACUGGUAAUGUUAUUGUUGCUGAUACAGGAAACAAACUGAUUAAGAUCUUUACCCCGGAUGGUAGGUUUGUAAUGAAGAUAGGUGGGCAGGGUUCUUUUAGUUCUCCUGUUCACUGUGUUCAGUGUGGUGAAUAUUUCAUAGUGUCAGACCUACGUGAACACUGUAUCAAAGUAUUUAACAGGGAGGGGCAUUUUCAGUACAAGUUUGGUGAGCAGGGGAAAGGGGACGGGGAAUUUUGUUACCCUGGUUAUUUGUUAGUGAAUGAGUCACAGCAUCUGUUUGUCUGUGAUCGUGAUAAUCAUAGAGUUCAAGUCUUUGAACUUAACGGAAAAUUCAUUGGGAAGUUUGGAACAGAGGGCAGCAAGUUAGGGGAAUUCAGUAAACCCUUGUCGAUGGCAAUGCUUAGAAAUGGCCGAAUUGUUGUGUCUGAUGAACGUAAUCAUCGAAUUCAAAUAUUUGAAUGAAAAGUGGCUAUAUUUCUUGAACAUAUUAGCAAAUUAAAGCAUGUUAUUCCAAAUAUAAAUCUAAAUAUCCCAGGAAAAUUAAGUUAGCCCACAUUCGUUAAUAUUUUUUUAAAAAACGUAAAGAUAGUCCAUAGUAUGUAGUCCACAUACUGUAAUUUAAACCGUUUAUAAAAAGGAGGGAACAAUAGGGAGACACUAACAUCAAGUGCUAAAAGACUAUGUUGACUUGAGGGCUUGAGUUUGUAAGCUCUUUUGGUCGUUUUUUGUGAUCGAUACUUUGCGAUGGUCAAGGCAACCAGCUAUGACAUAACAUAACAUAAAACUUUAUUUAAACUCGAAUUUUAGAGUAGCUAACAAGCUAAUAUCUUCGAGCUGACACUACAUGAAAACUAUAUAGAAAAUAUAUAUAUACAUUAAAUGCAAGGAAAGAAAAUAUCAUUUACAAUUUACAAUUCACAAUUUUAAGUUUAAGUAUGUCAGGCAAAAAGAAUCUACAUGAAGGUAACAUCCUGUAAAUGUGAUGUAAAUGUGUAAAUGUGUAAAUGUGACAAUGUAAGUAAAAAUAUUAAGACUAAACAUUAGCCUAGUCAUAAAUGUAUUCUUUACUGUUUAUUAAGUGCUGGUCAUUGCCAUUAUAUUUUAGUUUCUUUUUUUUUUUUCAUCAAUGAGAUAUGAAAAGCAUGGACCAGGUUUUACGUAAAAUGCCUGCUGUACAACAUGGACGAGGUCUGAGUUGUGCGUCUAGUUCUACCUUAAAUUUAAAGAUUUUAAUUUUACCUCAAAACAAGCGUUAUUCUUACUUUCCAGGACAUAUUAUUUUUGCGUAAAACAAUAGGCCAUUUCCGAGUUCCAAAAAAUCUCACUUUCAAAACGAGGCUAAGUGCGAAACCUUUGUUGUGAAAAUGAGUUUUAUUUGCAUCAUAAUUAAAAAUCAUUUUCAUAUCAAUGGCUUCGCACUUAGCCUCGCUUUGAAAGUGAGAUUUUUUGUAACUCUGAAAUGGCCUAUUUACCCAUUCAUUCCGCCUUUUUCCUCAUUUCUCCCCGCCCCACGAUUUGGAACUGUUGGGUUUUGAGGACAGGGACCCGGAGAUAUAAAAACCUCUCAGAGCAAAGGCGAGAACCAACGACAAACUCAACGCUCAUGUAGCGUCACUUCCGGCGGAAUUCGAACCCAGGGCCUAUUGAUAGGUGCUGCGCCACACAUCAGUUUUCACCUACGCUUCCCAAUUGAACAGAAGAAAAAUUUUCUUUUUUACCCGCGAUUUAUUUUAUCGUUUAUUAAGCCAAUAUUUUCUUUUCUCCACAUGUUUUCCUUGCAAACAAACAAAUCGGAAUUUGCGCAUGUGGAAUUUUUUUUCUCCGCCUUGUCAUGCACGGUUCGCAAUGGUACCUGGGACGAAUCAGCGCACCAACUUAAACUUUAAAACAGCUCACUGAAUUUUAUUUACAAUUUUAAGAUAGGAGAUAGAAUAGGAGUAAAAGCUGCAGCGAUAAAAUUUGUUUGAAACUCUUGCUUGCUAACCUUUUAUCUGGCGAUGUCUUUUAGCGCCACUUAAGAGCAUCCAAUUAUAAAAGGCGUUAUUAAGUGUUCUAAAUGAUGAUAACGUCGGAUCACACUACAUUGUACCAGAGAGGGAAAGAGAAGUGCAGCCACCCACACCCUUUUACUCACCCCCAACCCACUCCACUCUGUCUCUCCUCCGGUCAUUGUCAUUUCACAUGACGUAGCAAUCCAGGGACCAUUUACAAAAAUUGUAACUUCAGAAGUUACUACUAAUGUCUGGCGUUACAAAGAGUUUGACUGAAUCGACUGAACAUCAGACGUGAACAUUUGCGGCAGAAGUUAAAGAUUUGCGCAACUACGCCCUGUCAUAAAAGAUCACUUUUCGGUGACUGGCAUGUUCACGUGAGCAGGAAAGACAUGACAACAAGUUUUCUUUCUGCGAGAGUGUUCUUUUGAAUAAGACACGUUCACCGUCUUUUCUUGGGCUUUCUCUUUGUUGCGGAAUUCUUUCAACCCCGCUCCGCUGGUUCAAACAAAUCAAGAGGACUGUAUCUUUCGAUGUAACAACACGAUUUAAUCCAAUCCAACAAUCUACUGUGAUGUACAACUCUCAUAUACUCAACGUUCGUAACACAACGAUCAACGUAACUGAACGAUCAACGAUCAACGAUCAACUCAACUAAAACUAAAACAUUCUAAGUAUACAGUGGUUUUUCUACUAUCCUUGCGUAAGGCAGUAUUUUUACAUUAAUCACAUGUACAGUAAAAGUUCCCAUUGUAAUGUAUCUAAAUUAAGUGUCUAUUACAAAAUCGCACGUUCUUUCACCUUAUUUAGCCUAAGAAAAUGCAUGCAGUUACAUCAUUUUAUAUCCUAAAUAUACUUGGACUUUGUCUACAUUAUUGUGAAAUCUAAUGUCACGAAAUCUAACUUUUGCGCUACAAAUGUCAAUUUCUAAUUAAUAUUUAAUCACAGAAUAAUCAAGUUAAGUAUCACCUAUUUCUUUCCCCGACACUCUUGUCUUUCCUGUUGUGCGAUUCCUUCUUUUUACGCCUAAAAAUGAAACGUGUUUUGUGUUACUGAAUCAUGACUCUUGCCACGAAAAAUACAAAAGGAAUUAUCAUGUCACAAACUGUCAAAUUAUACUUAUUAACACAAUUCACUGCGUUGUAAUAUUUAUAACUAUAACGAGAAUCCCUGAAAUAAACAGAGAUUAUCUUUGGACAACUAAAUUGGGAGUUAAACAGUGAGUGCAGAUUCUAGUCUAUUCAAUUGAGCAAACUUUACAGCCAUCUUAUUACUCCUACGUCAAAAUUAGCGGAAUAACACAGUUUAAAUAACACAGUGUGGCCAGUAGCUUACGCAUGCACCCAGCCAUAUAACUCGAGCAAUGGAGGGAGAGCUGUUUCGCUCUCAUUGCGACUCAUGAGCAUGGGCCCAUGAACACGGCUUUGAUCUUACAGGGGUCCAAAGGCUAUGCCAUGCUGAUGAGCCCUAACGAGGGGCGCAAGAGCUGUCCAUGGUUGCCACUGCUCGGUUGAUAUUGCUGUCUGCAAGCGUAAGGUACUGGCCAUACCGCAGAGUUUGGUAGAGUGUGCUUCCUUGCAGAUUUUCUUGCUAUUGUUUGUAAGAGCCAACUUAAGACCACCAACAUCCUCUUAAUCCCACAAAUGAACAACCUCGACUAGUAUGAAUCUUGGGCUUAAGAUUUUCGUAAAACUGAGUUGGACUUUGUGUUACUGGAUAAUUCACAAGCCAAAACUUCAAACUGAUACGACUUGCGAGGGAGCAAAGCACACGACACUAGUUAUCACAAAAAAGGGAAAAUAUGGCAAAAGAAAAGAAUUAACCACCACAAGCCCGCUUGGGAUGUGCGGGGAAAAGAAAUGUGUAUAAAAAAGGCUAAACGACGUUAUACUGUAUUGAAGAGUUAAAACCACUAAAACUCUUAUUUAGUUCUCUGUUUAGCAUGGCAUCCUCAGUUGGGGGUCAAAUAAAGCCGUAGUCACCGUUAGAGGUUUAAUUUUCUGAGUUUCCAAACCAGCAUCUCCUUCUUUCUCUCAAGCCCUGGAGUCCGACCGGGCGCAUCGGGUAAAGAUGACCGUAACAAAAUCGAUUACAUUUUCUUCCUGUCCCUUCUUCCACACUCUUAUAGUCCACCUCGAUCUGUUCCUCCACUUUUUCACCUAGAAAGCCUGUUUGCAGACUACGUAUGAAUGUACCGACUUCAGGCCUUGAGUUUUUCCUGUGGCUGACGUAAAAAAGGCUAAGUGUUGCACCCAGGAGCUCUCCUGCUUGCACCUUAAUUAAUGAGCAUGCUGGUGUGUCGUUGCCCAUGCUCCAAAUAUAGUCAUUCCACUCAGUGAACAUGUUAAACGUUAAACCUGAAGUAACGGAUGUGGUUUUAUGGUAAUAAUAGCUUCUAAAAAGUUCAAAUCAGAUCACGCAAGUAAACAUUAUUUUGAAUGUGCCUCUAUGUUUAUUUGUUUUCUUUGGUGACAAAUUUUGUUUGUUACCGAAGACUGUAGUUCGAGGGCCAUCGUACCAGUUGAUAAAAAAUAAAACACAAACAGCAGUGAUAAACAUUGUGAGUUCUCGCAUUAGCAGACGAGACGUCAAGUUUAUAAAAAUGCGAAAACUCACAAUGUUUAUCACCGCUGUUUGUGUUUUAUUUUUUAUUAAACUCUAGUUCGAAAGAUACACUGAUAACCUCGAGUGUUAAGACAAAACAACGGCAUUAUAUCAUUGCAAGCACGACAACAGAGCGAAAUUUAACCAGAAAGAUACAAUUAUUCAGUUCACGAAUGCUUGUUUUGCGGCACUGUGCACAAUAAAAGGUAAUUUGCAUCUUUAUGCGCUGAUGUUUUUACAGUGUCGUGCUUCAUAAUAUAUAGAUUUAGCCAGGGCUAAAAGCGAGGCUCCCAUUAAUAAAUUUAUAAUUUAAAUUAAACAAUAAACUUGUAUUCGAAUUCCACAAUUCAGUUAACUUUAGAGCACAUUUAUGUGACUUUUGAGGGAAAGGCUACCUGAUUUUAGAGAAAAAUAAUUUGCAAACAGCCCAAGAGUGAAUCAAAUGUUACAUCGAGUUGAUAGCCUCAUAUGUACACCCAAAAACUGGUAAUCACCUUCGAUCACAUUUAAGAGCCAUAAUGGCUCUUGAUCACCGUAGAUUAAUUAGUGGAAAAAAAAUCAGGCCAACUUUUUUGCGUUCGACAAGUUUACUUUGCAAAAUCUUGUCAACAAAUCUGGGUGCGUGUAAACCAACCUUUUAUACCAUUUAUACAUCAUAUCUGAGGUGAAACAGUAGUAUGAGGCACUGUUUUUAUCAUACCGGCAGACCUUGAAAGCAGUAUUUCACAAUACAAAUUGCACUCAUUCAAUAUUCAUAAACUGUUAAAAAAAUUUCCAAAAUCACCUACACGGCCAUCCGGUUCUCACUUUUGUAGUGCGAGCUCACUCAAUGGCGAGUGUUUGAAUGAACAUUAACAGAGUUACGCUCCAACAUUAUAAAGAAUUUAUUCUGUUUAUUUUUUAUUUAAUGGUUUAUUAACGCGCGGCAUUUUGAGUACUCCUGCAAGCGAUGUUCACUGAACGACUGAAAACAAUCGGCACAGCGAUUAAAAUUACAAGAGAGACUACUAACAAUCAAUAAAAGAAACAUAAUUCGGUGAAACAUAUACAGAAACAACAAUUUUCAUUCAGGAAGACAUGUAUUAAAGUAUCCCUAAAAAUCCUGAGUCUUCAAGCUUCAAGCUUAAGUUUAUGUUUUAAGCCGGCUUCCCGGUGUUUGCUUUUUUCAAAGACGAACUCGAGGCAAGAAAAUCGCUCAAAGCUUUCUUUUCCGGCCAGAAUUAUAACUAAAUUUUCUUUGGAACGUUUUCUUUCUAUUUGCGGUGAGAAACUGUCUAAACGCUUUUUAAAGUUCUGUAAGCUUAUAUCAAACCUGAUACUCGGUCAGAUCAUUGUCUCAAAUCUUACAAACGUGCAUAAACUAAAUGACCGCAUAAACUCCGCUCGACUUCAUUAAAUUAGAUCCAAAAAAACAAACAUCAAAUACAAUAAUUUCUCUGGCUUACCAUUUGAGAUGCAGCUCCUGAAAGGUAUCAAGAAAAGCCAGUAUCGCUUCAGACUUUGCAAUCCUCUUACGCAUCAAGCAAGGUGAAAACGAAAACGAUGCCAUCCGAAAUCGGAUUUCCGACUUUGACAAGCGACGUAUUCCUCAACCAAAAACCCAAUAAACAAACUAGCCAUGAAUAACAGAGGACUCCUGAUAGCAGCUGAAUUUCAUUUUGCAUAUCCAGUGGAAAAAGACAGUUAAAAACAUCACAAGUUGACACAAAACUCUGUCAGCUUCAGCUGUCAAAGUAAACAAGAUUCAAGAUGCUGCAUAAAUUUUCCGCAUGAACUCGCCUGUCAAAUUUUGACCAAUCAGAGCAUAAAAAUUGGACGUAGAGCGUGACCAACGCGUGACCAUGGUGAGAAAAGUCAAAAGCAACUGUCUUCCCUGCCUGUAACAGCUGGCUGAAUUUUCGCGUCCGAGGUCAGUUUCCAAUCAAAAUUUUAAUUGUGUAGCACAUAAACACAACAUAUUUCAUAUGAAUUUAGAAAAAACUUCAACUUGAGCCUGCGAUCACUUGAAAACUAGUAACUUGUCAGCGGAUAACUUCAAAAAAAUACUUGACCUCGAUGGGUCGACACCUGAGCCCGCGAUACGGUCAAGUGAUACUGGUCAGCGGGUACCCUGUUUUGACAGCUGUCAAUUGAUCAAAACAUUAAUGUCCAAUAUGUGUGCAUUAUCAGUUUAACUAGUAAAAGUAUGAGAUUGAACAUUGUUCGCGAUCUAGUAAAACAAUUAACUGGUCAGCGGACAGCUUCCAAAUAAAUCACGUCACCUCGAUGAGUUGAAACAUGAGCCCGCGAUAUGGUCAUGGGAUACUGGUCAGUGGCUAUCCUCUUUUGCCAGCUGUCAAUUGACCGUAUUGUGAAUGUCCUAAAAUAUCCUAUAUUAAAGAUGUGGACUUGCCAAGACACGCCUGAGACACCCCUAUUUAUAGCCCCGCUAUAAAUAGCUUUUGCCUCUAGUAUAGAUGAUUGACACUUUACUACUAAGGCGCGUCAGAGGCUUUAAUAGAAUACUGCUCUGGGAUUGGUUCGAAGGGCCUUUCAUUCCGAGAAAAGCUAAAGAUAGAAACGUCACAAGACUUGAUUGUUGAGUGUAGACCAGACUCUGCGACACAAAAGGUCAUUUCUUUGUUAUUUUGAAGAAGACAUGGAUCUCAAAACUCUAUUUCACAAUCUUCGCGAAGAAGUGUCUUGUUCGGUGUGUUCGGACUUAUUCACGGAUCCUAAACAACUCUCCUGUCUGCACAGUUUUUGCUUAAAAUGUGUAAAUCAGUGGUACGAAACGUGCGGGGGCGGAGACGCCAUUAAAUGCCCGAAAUGCCAAACGCUAAACAGAAUACCAGCAAGCGGUGAUCUUAAAGAUCUUCCAACAAGCUUUUAUUUGAACGGCUUUAUCGAUGUUCUUGCCAUCAAAGAAUGCAAGAACACUCAACUAACAUGCGGAAACUGUGACAAGAAGAGCUCGGAAGUGUCCUAUUGUUUUCAGUGUUGCAUAUUUUAUUGCGAAGAAUGCUUAAUGUUUCAUAGUAAAAUGCGAGACAAAACGGGACACCGUGCUUUGGCGGUAAAAGAAUUCCAAGAUAAGGACUUCGAGGAUGUAUUGAAGCGACCAGUAUUUUGUUCAAGACAAGGACAUCAGAAAGAAGAGCUGAAAUACUACUGUAAACAAUGCGAAACGGCUCUUUGCCAAACUUGCGUCAUUUUGGAUCACGGAGGUCAUGUUUUGAAAUUGAUCGAAGAAGAAGCCGAAACCAAAAGACUUGAGAUCAAAUCUGUAAUCGAAUCGCAGAGACAAAAUUUAGAAGCAAAAAUAAACAUAGUAAGUCAACUGGAUGAAGACUGUGCUAACGUUUUUCAACAAAGCGAAGUAUUAAAAAGAGAUGUUCAAAGGUUUGCUGAUAACUUGAUCGAAACAAUUCAAGCAAAAAUGCAAAAUAUAAUCACUACAGUGGAAGGCCGAACUAAGAAGUCUAUUGAAAGUUUGACAGCCAAAAGGAACGAGAUUCAGCAACAAAUUAAUGUUAUUGAAUCAUCACUGGAAGAAGCUGAUAAACUCUUUCAGAGAAGUACCAACGCUGAAGUUGUUCAGCUUAAAAAAACAUUGCAAACAAUUUUUGAGGGGGUGGAUCAGACUGAGGUUAUCGCUCAUGACCCUGGAACUCAAGAAGCUUUAGCGUUUAUUAAAAAUCAGAAAAUGCUUGAUGUUGUGAACGGAGAAGAAAUCGGAUUCUUGAAGGACCUUAACGGAACAAAAGCAAGUGAAUCUGUGGCUGAAGGCGACGGACUGAAAGAAGGAACUGUAGCGCGUAAAGCUCAAUUCAAUUUGAUUACAAGAAACGCAGAGAGAAAGCAGUGGUAUGAUGAACAGGACCGUGUAACGAUAGAGAUCAAGGACGAGCAAGGACAAGAAUGCGUGACGGAAGUGAAAGUAGAGGACAUGAAAGAUAGCACCUACAAUGUUAGUUUUUAUCCCAGAGUUCAAGGAACAUUCAAAUUGUACGUUAAAGUAAAUGACGAACAUAUUCGUGGAAGCCCUUUUACAACAAGCGUAAAACCAUUUCAUGUAAAACCUGUUUUAUGUUUUGGAGAGGGAGGCUCGGGUGAUGGGAUGUUUAAGAAUCCUCUGGGGGUGGCAGUGACUGACAAAGACGAAGUAUUAGUAGCUGACUGUUUGAACCAUCGGGUUCAAGUGUUUGACAGUAAUGGUACUUUCUUGAGGUCCUUUGGUGACAAAGGUGAAAAUGCUGGAGAGUUCGACUGCCCUUUUGCAAUAGCCACUGAUAAGGAUAGAAAAAUUUUCGUAGCAGACUGUGUUAACCAUAGAGUACAGAUGUUUAGUUGGAAGGGGAGGCACCUGGGUUCAUUUGGCGGCAAAGGAAGCCUUGAUAGUCAGCUCUCUAACCCUUGGGGUUUAUCCUUAGAUAGUACUGGUAAUAUUAUUGUUGCUGAUAGAGGUAACAAACUGAUUAAGAUCUUUACCCCGGAUGGUAGGUUUGUAAUGAAGAUAGGUGGGCGGGGUUCUUUGAGUUAUCCUGUUCACUGUGUUCAGUGUGGUGAAUAUUUCAUAGUGUCAGACCGAGGUGAACACUGUAUCAAAGUAUUUAACAGGGAGGGGCAUUUUCAGUACAAGUUUGGUAAGAAGGGGCAAGGAGACGGGGAAUUUAAUUGUGCUAGUUAUUUCUUAGUGAAUGCGUCACAGCAUCUGUUUGUCUGUGAUCGUGAUAAUCAUAGAGUUCAAGUCUUUGAACUUAACGGAAAAUUCAUCGGGAAGUUUGGAACCCAAGGCAGGAAGUUAGGAGAAUUUAAUUAUCCGUUGUCAGUGGCAAUGCUUAGUAAUGGCCGAAUUGUAGUGUCUGAUGAAUUGAACCAUCGAAUUCAAAUAUUUGAAUGA